AUGAAUGUUUUGAUGGGUGGCUUCCAGUGUUAUAAUGAGCUCAUUCAAAAGAUACUACUUACAGGACUGGAGCCUGGAGCUGUUGAUGUGUUUCUUGAUUUCAUUUACUACUCAGGUGGUCCUCUACCUGACGAACUGCUCACCCAAGUUAAGGGAGUUCAUGUUUCAGAGGACUUUGUUGCCGAGCAAUUGAGGUCCAUGAUUUCUGAUAUGUCACUCAGGUUGGCAGCUGGUAUACAGGAAGUCAAAGUUGAAAUGGUUUGCCAGGACGUUUUUACAUGGAAAAUGCAAACGGAAAUCUUGUCGAUACUCUCAUGUUUUAGCUCAUGGAAUGCCUCAGCUUUGCUCUUGAAAAAGAAAAAGAAAAAGAAAAAGAAAAAAAAGAUGUUGUCCGAACUAGCAUUAGAUCAGAUUAGUUUUGUAGGAAACCAGAAGCCCAUGUCCAACCCUGGCAUUCCAACCAUAGACCUGUCAAAACCCAAGUCCAAAACUCUUCUUGUGAAAGCCUGUGAAGAGUUUGGAUUCUUCAACCAUGGCAUUCCAUUAGAGUUCAUCGAUAGGUUGGGAGCUGAGGUUGUGAAGUUCUUCUCCUUACCUCAACCUGAGAAGGAAAAAGCUGGCCCUGCUAAUCCGUUUGGGUAUGGAAACAAUAGGAUUGGCAACAAUGGUGGUGUGGGCUGGAUUGAGUAUCUCCUCUUUCAAAACAAUGCCAAUUCCAUUUAUCAGAGAUCUUGGGCCAUUUCUAGAGAAAACCCAGAAAUCUUUUGCUCUGCUGUGAGUGAUUACAUAUCAGCUGUGAAGAAAUUAGCUUGUGGAGUUCUUGAAUCUUUAAAUGAAGGGCUGAAGGUUGAACCAAGCUUAACUGGUUUUGGAGAACACACUGACCCUCAGAUAAUAUCAGUUAUGAGAUCAAACAAUACAUCAGGCCUUCAAAUCUCUCUCAGUGAUGGGAGCUGGGUUUCAGUCCCACCUGACCACAACUCCUUUGUCAUUGUUGGUGAUUCCUUGCAGAAUGGGCUUAAUAUGGUGUACCCAAUUGAGAAUGGGAGAGCAGCAGUAUUGCAAGAGUUGUGGUGAAGUACAGUUGCCAUCUCUGGAAGGAGGCUAGGUUGCUUGGAGUUGUUUGAAUCAUGGGAUGAGGCAUCAACCUUCACGUUGCUAACCAUGUAAUCCUUGUUGACGGUUUGUGGAACCCUACUUAUGAUCUUCAGGCUCAGGUUUGGAGGUAUAGGCAAACAAAGCCCGUUUAUGCAUAUCGUUUGAUGGCACAUGGAACUAUGGAAUAAAAAAUAUAUAAACGGCAGGU